AGUGUAGAACAGUUUUAAACCAUUCAAUUGAUAGAUAGAUUAUAAUGACCAUGUUUACUAGAGCUUCAAUGAAUCUUACUAGAGUCAAAGUUCCAAUUACUACUAGAUUUUCAUUUAGAUCAAUUAGUAUAGGUAGCACGAUCCCAGCCGCAACUUUAUUUGAGAAUUCUCCAGGUAAUCCGGUAGAUAUUGCACAAGAAGUUUCUGAAGGUAAAUCAGUUAUAAUUGGAGUUCCUGGAGCAUUUUCUCCAGCUUGUUCAGCUUCUCAUAUUCCAGGUUAUUUAAAGAAUUUAAGAGGAUUUAAUGAUAAAGGUUAUGAUAAAUUCUUUAUAGUUGCUGUUAAUGAUGCAUUUGUAACAAAAGCUUGGGGUGAUAGUUUAUUAACUAGUGUUGCUGGUGCUCAAGUUAAAUUUUUAGCUGAUCCAGCUGGUGAAUUCACUAAAGAAUUAGAUUUAAGUUUUGAUGCUACUAAAUUCUUUGGUAAUGAAAGAUCAAAGAGAUAUGCUUUAUUAGUUGAAGAUGGUAAGGUUACAAAGACAUUUGUUGAACCUGAUAAUACUUCGGUUGAUGUUUCUGAAGCUGCUAAAGUAUUAGAAGAAGCCUAAAUAAAUUCAGUUCAAGAGAUGUAGCUAAUAUGUAAUUCCUGCCUUUAGUAGUUCAUUAGUUUAUGUAGUAUUAUAUAUACUUUGACUGUAGUCUUUAUGUUUCCCACUAUAAAUAUAAAUUUAGUGCUUAGUUAUAUACAUUUUGUUUUAGCACCC